AAAAAAAAAAAAAAAACACCGACCCUUACUGGACUACGCCUUGCGUCCACUUCAGAUAACCCAAUCGCCAUGCCAUAUCACUCUGUCAGGGAUGAUCCAAGUGUCGACGUAGAUAUGAUCACAAUACUCCUAGAGUAUGGCGCAAACCCGAAUCAGCCAGUCUAUCUUAACAACAAAGAAACGGUCUGGGGGUUAUUUCUCAUUUCUAUCAACGAGGCUGGCCCGAUUAACACAUCCGCGAGCCUCAAAGAGUCCUGGUUGCAGGCUUGUGAGCUCUGAUCCGCGCUGGAGAUCGACCGGAUUACACCUUUAACCAAUACUCCCGGACUGUAUCUGAAGCGCUCGAUUACGUAUUCAUCAAAUCUGAGGUAGCGGAAUUGCACAAAGAGAUCGCGGAGAAAGGAGGGCACAGCAGCCUGAUGGUCGCUGGUGGAUGUUCAACUUCUCAUAGCUGGUACCGGGACUGGAAUACUAUGACUGAAGGUGUACGACUAGCGGUAGCGGUGCAGAGCAGAGUGUCUUGCGACGG